UUUUUUGAUGUAGACUUUUUGUUCAAAGAAUAAAUAUAUCAUAAACAAAAACGGCUUUUGCGCGCAGUGCACGGAUAUCUCAUUGGGAAUACGGUUUAUUUACAGCAACAAAUUACGGUUUGACUGCCAACAUGCAGUAUAUCCCAUUUCCGUUGUUAAGACCUUCCCACGCGCAUAUUUAGUCUGAUUAGGACAAUGCAAGACCUAGAUGGCCCGGAAAUCAUAAUGUUCUUUUGUAUUUAAAGCACAGAUGAUGCGUUUAGAAGCGUAUGUUCCUUAAAACUGAUUGGAAGUCAGCUUCUGUUACAACAUUUCUAAAGGAAUAAAUCAAACUUUCGUGUUGCAUGGAGAGAACUGAGAAGUGAACAAAAUAAUUCCUCAACAAAGUGUUGCUCGCGGUGAAGUGUAGUGUGCAGUGAAAAUGGGCCAUUCUCGAAGGGGAAUAUUUUUUAUUGGUUUGAUUUGUACAAUGUAUUUGCAAAAAGCUGCGACAUAUUAUCAAUACCCAUCCGUGUAUUGGGCUCCAAAAAACUGCAGAUUCAACCUCAACAAGCCACCACACAAGGGAUACGAAUUUAACAUAAAACCGAAUGGGAAUUUGUUCUUCGUUUGUCCAAACCUCGCCUUAUGGGAUGACAUGAGCAGCACGGGUCCUCGGCUAUCCAUGAUGUACGAAAAUUUGAUGCUAGUCGAUAAAGAAGGCUACGAAACAUGCACCGUGAACAAGACGCGAAACGCGCCUCUUAAUCGACUGUUACUGAAAUGUGAUCAGGAUGCUAAAAAUUUAAAGUACAUGGAGGAAACGUUUUCGCCGAACAGGGCGGGUCCAACACAAAUGAGAUAUAAAAGCGGAAAGACGUACUAUUUUAUUUCGACUUCAGAUGGAUCGAAAAACAGCUUGGACAAUCUGAGUGGAGGCCACUGUGAGACGCAUAACAUGAAACUCAAAAUAAAAGUCUGUGAUCACGAUGAAAUAUGUCCAUUUAUAAUGCCCAAGUGCCCUUACACGUAUGUAUUCCACCGUAAAAGAAAAACAACAACGACUGCAAGUACAACGCAUGCGCAAACAACCGAAACUACGCUUUGGACAGCCACUGAAGGGAAAGAACAAGCUCAUAGGAAUCCAAGUCCAACGACACAACACAAAGACACAACCGUUAAUAUAGAAACAGAAGAGAAAAAGUUUAAAAAAGAGUUAUCACCUACGCUAACAACUGCAUCACCAACCCAACCAAAAGUUGCAAAACAUUCUUCAAAUAAUACGAUUUGGGGAUCACAGAGAAAACACAUUAUCAUUCAUAUUACCAUGGCAUUACUUAUUUUGGUUUUAACAUUAUCCCUUGUUUAUAUUUUAAUUACUAAAAGGAAUCAACCAAAACCAAAACGCAAGGAACCACCAGUUGCAUUCAGUUCCAAACUUUACCAAGAGCGACCGACAAGUACAAUUACAAUACCUCUGAAUCUCGAACUAAACGAAGAUGCACAGGCACUUUGAUGCUUUUAAAUUAAGAAGAAGGAUUGGGAGUUGGAAUUGUCGACUGGAAAAUAAAAAUUAUCAGUCUAUUCGUGGAAUCCCCGAACCAGUCAUAGAAGAAAGUUGAUUAAAUUAAUAAUUCGGCGUUCGGUGGUGGUUACGAAAGCUAUAACAAGACUUACUAAUUAAUUUAAAAGAAUGUGAAAAGUAAAUUAAAAUAAUGUAUUUGCCGUGCGCCCCAAAAUGGUAAAAAAACAACCAUUCAUGAAAUCAUGAAACAGAAGUUCAAAAAGGAAUUAAAAACUAAGUAAUCAUCAGUGAAUUUCAAGAUUUCAAUAUUCCUCAUAACUUAUAUAUUUAAAUGUGACUAAAAUUGUAGUACUUUGUAGCGUUGGCAACUUGGCGAGGAACUUUUGUAAACGUUUUUGAGAUCCCCGUGAUACAUCUGCAGACAUUACAUCUAAAUAAUGUUGCCAACUAAAGUUAGUGACACUCACGUUUCUGGCAGAUUAGAGAAAUAGCCAGGAAAAUAUUAAAGGUUUUAUUCAUCGAUACGAUAAUGAACCUGGAUUUUACCAUCAGUAAUCCACGAAUCGGAAGUUCCAAAAAAAGGCUAAAUUAUGUUUUAGGGUAUAUAUGGAUCAGUGUCUGAACAAGCCAAUCGGAGCACUGAAUCUGGAAUACCAAAAUGGCGGCGAUCUAGUGCCUACAUGAUUUCAACAUUUGACAUUAGUAAUGCUCAAUCCAUGUUUAUUUUUAUCAAUGGUUUUUACCCUUCAAACCAUUAUAGCCUUUAUGGGGAAUGACCGAUGGAAUCGUUUCAGGACAUAAACAUUCGUAAAAAGAUAGCUUUCAAGUGUAGUUUAUCGCACCAUAAAUUAAUUAUUUAAAUGAUCUCGUCAAUGCAUCAUCAGCAAAAGUUCUUUAUCUUAAAUUCCACAUUGAAAUGUUCCACCUCCAAAUUCGUUUCUUAAAAGUUGAUCUUUUUUUAAUAUUAACAUAACUAUAUUGUAAAUACAUGUACAUU